UGUACCAAACUCACGAAUUCACAUUUCAAUCGAGUUGCCGAUCACUGAACUCCAGUCAACAUGCCUGAACCACUGAAGCCCGCCGCCAAGAAAGGUUCCAAGAAAGCCGUCUCAAAGGCAACCAGCAAGACAGGCCAGAAGAAGAGGAAGCCCAGGAAGCAGUCCUAUGCCAUCUAUGUCUACAAGGUACUAAAACAGGUCCACCCGGAUACUGGCAUCUCUUCGAAGGCAAUGAGCAUUAUGAACUCCUUCGUCAACGAUAUUUUUGAGCGCAUUGCUUCUGAAGCGUCUCGCCUGGCUCACUACAACAAGCGUACCACCAUCACAUCCAGGGAGAUUCAGACUGCUGUGCGUCUCCUGCUACCCGGUGAGCUGGCCAAGCACGCCGUGUCUGAGGGCACCAAGGCCGUCACCAAAUAUACCAGCUCCAAGUAAUCUGCUUCUACAAUGUCCUCAACGGCUCUUUUAAGAGCCACCCACAUCUCUCAAGGAGUGAUUCCGUUUGUUGUCUCUAACUGUGAGCUCAAAUUGAUGUGUAUUAAGGUGUGGCCAAAUCGAACUAUAAACGAGACACUGUGAUUAAUAAACAUAUUUGCACA